UACCGAGGUGUUGGGAUGUGGAUCAACCACUUCCUAUACCAGUACCUCACUCCACUCGUCCUCGCCAUCACAAUGAUCCUCUCAUUGGACCCUUUCACAUGUAUACACAGCAAAGAUUAUAAGCCAUUCAGUGUCUGCUCAGUGAUUGUUCCUCUUGCCACGGCACUUAGACCUUUCAAAUGGUACCUCCCUCCACUCGUCCUCGCCAUCACCAUGUGGGAUGGUCCGAACUGCCCUGGAAACAGGACCACUCCCGGUUGCUACGAUGAGGUGGACCUGUCUCCGUGCUUUGAGGACUCGGCCAUAUUUUACGGCAUUGUGGCAUUAUUCUGGCUCAUAGCUGUCAUCUUGUUUUUCUGUGGUCAUAUUAAGAGACGAUCACAACGAAUCCUCAUUGGACCCCUUCAUACAACAAAAAUUUUCCUGCUGCUUGUUCCCCUUACUACUGCACUGUGUGACUUUGGCUACACCAUCUACCAAGGUGCUGGAAGUGAGUCAGCCGCUCCCUACCAGUACCUCACUCCACUAAUCCUCGCCAUUACCAUGGUGGUUUGCCUGCUCCUGAUAAUGAGGGACAGAAUAGUUGGACAGCGAUCCUCUGGUCUCUUGUUCUUGUUUUGGCUGGGACUGGUCAUCUAUGGCACCAUCAAACUGAGGACACUCUCGCUGCUCUCCAUCGACAAUAAUGGUGUUCAAGAUGUGUUCAGGUUCGUGACGUUUGUGCUCCAGUAUGUGACCUAUAUAGCACAGUGUGUGCUGAGCUUAUUCCUGGAGCCGAAAUCUAACACAUACUCAACCAUAAAUGCGUCUGAGCGUCGGCCAUGUCCAGAGUCAGAGGCCACCUUCCUCUCUCAGAUCACGUGGUGGUGGCAGAAUAGACAGAUCUGGUAUGGCUGGAGACACCCACUCAAGUACGAGGACCUGGCUGACCUCAAUGUGGAAGACAAGUCUGCAGUAGUCGCACCACAAUUCCACAAACAUUGGGAUAAUGAGAUCAAGAAGGCUGGGUAUCUGGACCCACCUACCUGUCAAAAUCGAGCAAGUUUUGAUGACUUAGUAACAAAUGAAGGCUCCACCCACCCCACCGACCUCCUCAUUAGUCCAGAGCCGAGCUCUUCACGCCAUAAGACAUCAGAACCCUCUCUGGUAAGAGCACUAGUCAAGACCUUCUGGAGAAUCUUCCUUAUCUCUGGAGCCCUAAAGUUAGUUCAGGAUCUUCUCUCGUUCGUCAGUCCUCAGCUGCUCAGACUGAUGAUCAACUUCACCAGUGACCCAGAAGAGGCUUCCUGGCACGGCUACCUGUACGCCGUCCUCCUGUUCCUGACAGCUGUUGUCCAAUCUCUUUUCUUACACCAGUACUUUCAUCGCUGCUACACUCUGGGCAUGAGAAUAAGAAGUGCCAUCAUUGCUGCUGUGUAUGACAAGUCUCUUCGCCUGAGCAACAAGGCUCGUCGCACCACCACAGUUGGGGAGAUAGUCAACCUCAUGUCAGUGGAUGCUCAGAGAUUUAUGGACCUCAUGACUUACAUACAUCUCUUUUGGUCUGCUCCACUACAAAUAAUUGUUUCGUUGAUUUUCCUCUUCAACAUUAUGGGUCCGUCUAUCUUUGCUGGGCUGGCUGUGAUGUUGCUGAUGCUUCCAAUCAAUGCCUUAAUAGCAUCAUACAGUAAGAAGCUACAAGUGAAGCAGAUGCUGUUCAAAGACUCAAGGAUUAAACUGAUCAACGAGGUUCUUAAUGGAAUUAAGGUGAUCAAGUUGUAUGCGUGGGAGUUACCUUUCCAGAAGCUGAUAUUUGGUAUUCGUGAUAAGGAGCUGAAUGUACUCAAAAAGAUUGCCUACCUUAAAGCAUCCUCAAGCUUCACUUGGAACUGUGCCCCCUUCCUGGUUUCUCUGGCGACAUUUGCUACCUACUCUCUUGUCAACUUAGAAAAUCCUGAUAACAGAUUAACUGCUGAAAAAGCAUUUGUUGCUCUAUCGCUGUUUAACAUAUUGUGUUUCCCUCUGGCAAUGUUGCCAAUGCUCAUCUCACAGUUGGUGGAGGUUAGUGUAUCUGUGAAGCGAUUACGGACGUUCUUAAAGAAUGAUGAACUGGACCCAAACACUAUCAUCUGGAGGGAGGAGCCUGCUAUUGGUGAUGAAAGUUCUGUGGCAAUGAGUGAUGGGACUUUUUCGUGGGAUGAUGAGAGCAGUAAGGCCACACUGAGCGGAGUGGACUUUGAUGUGAAAGCUGGUGAGCUGGUGGCAGUGGUGGGUCACGUGGGGGCAGGCAAGUCCUCCCUCAUCCAGGCCCUCCUUGGAGAGAUGGACAAGAUACAGGGACAAGUGUCAGUCAAGGUGGGAGAGUGGAACUCCUUAGUUAGUUACAAGAAGGGCAGAGUGGCUUACGUCUCUCAACAAGCCUGGAUUCAGAACACCACAGUCAAGGACAACAUUCUGUUUGGGAAGCAGACAAAGGAUAUUUUGUAUAGUAAUUGCCUCAGUGGCUGUGCUCUGGAGCCUGACCUUGAGAUCCUGCCAGGAGGAGACAUGACCGAGAUAGGGGAGAAGGGUAUUAACCUGAGUGGUGGUCAGAAGCAGAGAGUGAGUCUGGCUCGUGCAGUGUACCAGGAGGCCGAUGUCUACCUUUUGGACGACCCUCUCAGUGCCGUGGACUCUCAUGUUGGCAAACACAUCUUUGACAAAGUGAUCGGCCCUGACGGAAUGCUCAGAGGAAAGGCCCGAAUCUUGGUGACCCAUGGCGUUGGGUUCCUGUCGCAAUGUGACAAGAUUGUGGUGAUGGUGGAGGGGAAGGUGACUGAGACGGGCACCUACACUGAGCUCAUUGAGAACAAUGGAGCAUUUGCCGAGUUCCUCAGAAACUUCAGCAAUAUGGACAAUGAAGAGGGGGAGGAGGGGCCAGAUUUACGUCUUUUUAAGCCAUGUGAGAGACCACAAACCCCAAGGCAGCACACAGAAGGGUGUGGAGAGCAAGAAUCAUCGGACAUCAAGAUGGUUGUUUUGAGCCACCCUCAUAGACGUACUGAACACGAAGCUUCGUUGGAAGUUGUUGGGAAACUUAAACACCCAGAAAGCUUCAUCAAGGAACAGGAAACAGCACUUGAUGAUAUUGGGACACAAGCCGGAAGUGCACUACCUGAGGGUAACGUACAGCAACAAUCUCCAGAUUCACUAAGACGCUCACAAGAAUCAUUGAAUAGCGAGACAAAUUCACAAAUUUCACUACUACGGAAAUCACAAGAAUCGCUUAAUGAUGACAAAUUCAUGCAGACGUCCCAAACUUCCGUUACGAAAGAACCUACAGAAAAAAAACGUACGGCAACAGCCCUCAUAACUGAAGAGAGAGCGGAAACUGGAAAUGUGAAGUUUUCUGUCAUUGUCUCUUAUAUCAGAGCCUGCACUUGGCUCAUGACUGGACUCACAUUGCUAUUGCAUGUCCUCACAAAUAUUGCCGCUGUUAGCUCCAACUUUUGGCUGGUAGAGUGGAGCAAUGCAGCGGGGAAAGUGAACACUACCAACUUCUCAGCUCUCACUGUCUGUGACCAUGCGGACAGUCUUGAUGUUGGGUGCUACCUUGGAGUGUAUGCUACAUUUGGUUUCUUCAUAGUCAUUGUCGUCCUGCUAUCCUCAUUUACAUUAGCGCUGGCCGGUAUCUUGGCCUCACGAACCCUCCACACUGGAAUGCUAAAGAAUAUCCUACGAUCUCCAAUGUCUUUCUUUGACACCACUCCAUUGGGACGGAUAUUGAACAGAUUUUCAAAGGACAUUUACACAAUUGAUGAGGUUGUACCAGCAUCUCUAGGUGACUUCCUCUUCUGUUUUUUCAUCGUGAUUAGUGUAGUGAUUGUUAUCUUGAUCGCCACGCCGACAUUUGGGAUAGUCGUUUUACCGCUGGGAGUGUUCUACUUGUUAAUACAGCGCUUCUAUGUGGCCACGUCUCGUCAGCUCAAGCGACUGGAGUCCAUCACCCGCUCACCUAUCUACUCACACUUCCAAGAGACCGUCACUGGGGCCUCCACCAUCAGGGCUUAUCGCAAGCAGGAGAGGUUCAUGCUAGAGAGUCAGUCCAGAGUGGACUACAACCAGAUCGCCUACUACCCAAGCAUCUGCGCUAAUAGAUGGCUGGCCAUUCGUCUCGAGUUUGUUGGAAAUAUGAUCGUUUUAUUUGCCGCUCUGUUUGCUGCUCUUCAGAGAAACUUCCCCAACCAACUUCCUGGGAUCAGUGCCGGCCUAGUGGGCCUGUCCAUCAGCUACUCUCUCAAGAUCACUCAAGAGUUAAACUGGGUGGUUCGUAUGAUAAGUGAGCUGGAGACCAACAUUGUAGCUGUUGAGAGGACUAAGGAGUACGCAGAGACCCCUAGAGAAGCCCCACCCAUUGUGGAGUCUCACCGUCCCCCUCCCGUAUGGCCUAGCCAGGGACAUGUCAAGUUUGACCAAUACUCCACUCGCUAUAGGGAGGGACUGGACCUAGUCCUUAAGAAUAUCUCAGCAGAGAUCCCAGGAGGAACAAAGGUGGGUAUAGUGGGUCGUACUGGCGCAGGAAAGUCAUCGCUCACCCUGGCACUGUUCCGGAUCAUCGAGCCAGUCGGAGGCUCCAUCCUUAUUGAUGGAAUUGACAUUGCCAGUCUCGGACUAGAAGACUUGAGAUCAAAUAUCACCAUCAUCCCACAGGACCCUGUGCUAUUUGCUGGCACUCUCCGAGUGAACCUUGAUCCCUUUAAUGCUCACACCGAUAAAGAAGUAUGGUCAGUAUUAGAAAUUGCCCACCUCAGCACUUUUGUAUCUGGUCUUGAGAAAGGCUUGCAACACGAGGUGGCAGAGGGCGGGGAAAACCUCAGUGUUGGUCAGCGUCAGCUAGUGUGUCUGGCUCGAGCUCUCCUCCGUAAGACCAAAAUCCUGGUGUUGGACGAGGCCACAGCUGCCGUGGACCUGGAGACUGAUGACCUCAUCCAGAAGACCAUACGAACAGAGUUUGCUAACUCUACUGUAAUCACCAUUGCACACAGACUCAACACUAUCAUGGACUAUGACAUGGUGAUGGUGCUGGACUCUGGCAGGAUUACUGAGUAUGACUCUCCCACUGGUCUCCUCUCUGACCACAAGUCUACUUUCUACUCCAUGGCCAAGGACGCUGGACUGGCUUAAUAAUUAUGUACGUUAUGUUGCCCAACAAUCAUCCAAUUUUAUGUCAUGAUCAGCGCGCAGUCUAUACUGUUUCAGAAAAUUUUCAGCACAUCUUAAUAA